AAGACCCACUCUCCCCUCCCCCUGGGCUCCAGCUGCUACUGGCCUUCAAGAAAGGAGAGGCCCUGAGCUAGGCUGGGCUAUUUUGGUAUCUGGGGUGGGUACCCGAAAGGCUAAGGUUACCCUGGUAUGCUGAGAGCUCCCUGGGGCAGGACUAUAUAACUCCUGAGGAACUGCCCCAGGCUGAGUCCCUGCUUUUCUGCAGCUGAAGCCUCUGCCUUGCCCCCAGGAGACCUGAGACAUGGCACCCAAAAAGGCCAAGAGGAGGGCAGGAGCAGAGGGCAGCUCCAAUGUCUUCUCCAUGUUUGACCAGACUCAGAUCCAGGAGUUCAAAGAGGCGUUUACUGUAAUUGACCAGAACCGAGAUGGCAUUAUUGACAAGGAGGACCUUCGGGACACCUUUGCAGCCAUGGGGCGCCUCAAUGUGAAGAAUGAGGAGCUUGAUGCCAUGAUGAAGGAAGCCAGUGGUCCCAUCAACUUCACUGUCUUCCUGACCAUGUUUGGGGAAAAGCUCAAGGGUGCCGACCCUGAGGAUGUGAUCACCGGAGCCUUCAAGGUCCUGGACCCUGAGGGGAAGGGCACCAUCAAGAAGCAGUUCUUGGAGGAGCUGCUUACCACACAGUGUGACCGCUUCUCCCAGGAGGAGAUCAAGAACAUGUGGGCAGCCUUUCCCCCAGAUGUGGGCGGCAACGUAGACUACAAGAACAUCUGCUACGUCAUCACGCACGGUGACGCCAAGGACCAGGAGUAGAGGCCCUUCUUUACGUCUCUUAAAGUUUUCAGCCCGUCCGACCCCCGCUCCGACUCCCAAUAAAAUUCAAAUGGUCGUUGUUUCUUA